AUGGGAGAUCUGAUUGAAUCAUCUUCUGUUACUCCGUCAACGACACCGCACUCACGUCCAUUACCCAUCCGUGAAGAUUGUUGGAGUGAAGAAGCUACAUCUACUCUUGUUGAUGCUUGGGGACGCCGUUACCUUGAACUUAACAGAGGUAAUCUCCGUCAGAAAGACUGGCAAGAUGUUGCUGAUGCCGUUAACGCACUUCACGGCCAUACAAAGAAGACGCAUCGUACUGAUGUCCAGUGCAAGAACCGGAUCGACACCAUUAAGAAGAAAUACAAGAUCGAGAAAUCUCGUGUCGUUUCCUCCAACGGAACCCUCACGUCUUCUUGGCCGUUUUUUGAACGCCUUGACGCUUUGAUUGGAUCUAAUUUUAAUUCAUCUGGUAAGAAACAGCCCUCACCCUCCCUCUCUCCGUCUCCUCCGGUGGCUCUUCCGCUGCCUCCGUCUUACCGAAGGACGCCUCCGGUUAGUUCUACUCCACCGCCGCAGCCGGCGGCCCUGGCGGUGGCAUUGCCGCAGAAGAGGCCUUUGCCAUUGGAUGAUGGUGGUUAUUUUAGGAGGAAUUAUUCGGCAAUGGCAGCUGCUGCUGCUGCAGCAGAGUCAGAUAGUGAGGAGGAGGAGGAGGAGGAGGAGUUUGAGGCAGGGGAUAGGGAGAGCGUGGAGGAGGACAGGGAGGGAGAAGGGAUUAAGAGAUUAGCACAAGCGAUAGAGAAGUUUGGGGAGGUUUAUGAGAGGGUAGAGAGCGAGAAGUUGAAGCAAAUGGUGGAUUUGGAGAAGCAAAGGAUGAAGUUUGCUAAGGAUUUGGAGAUGGAAAGGAUGAGGAUCUUCACCGAGACGCAGAUUCAGCUUGAGAAGAUUAAGAAGGAUGAUAGUAAUUUUGUUAGGUUAGUUCAACUUAGUUACUUUGUUGUCACCUAUUUUAAUUCGAUGAGCAAAAGGGGGAAUUGUUUUGUUGUAAAAUUGGAGUUUCUUGAAGAAGGCAAUGUGAGCGUGGACAUGGUUGCAAUGAAACUCUUACUGGGUGUUGCAAAUUAUAAGGCGAAGCAGAUGGCAAUAUUACUUGGAUGA